UGGACAGCAGAACAGACAAAACAUUAUUCAUACCUUGUUACUCCAACAACGAGCAACAUGGCUCACCAACACCCUAUGUUCAUGUUCAAUUACGAGCUCUCGUGCCAGCCAUGAAUUAGCGUAUGUUUCCCCCUCGAUGUACAGAAGACACACUCAUACAGAACAAACAAUCUCCAACUUUUACUAAGAACGAUCAAGAAUCAUUUAUCAAACCAACCGCAAGAUAAGCAAGCAUCUAAAAUAUGGCUUCCACAAAUAUGAUGGACGGAGCGGUAUACACCGCCAACGCCCGACAAGCAACUGUUGAAGAGCGCGAGCAAAACGAGUGUUUCUGCAAGGAGAGUCACGAUGACACACAUGUGGCCAUUGUCACUAGCUGUAAACACGUGUUUGGACGUGACUGUCUUCUGAUUUGGUGUGAGUCGAUCGCUACAGAAACGAAAACCUGUCCAAUGUGCCGAGCUGUCCUGUAUGAAGAAGGUAUGUUAUGUACUGAGCUAGAGCGAUGGCGUGCUAUUGGGGCGGUAUCAACGCAAGUCUCAACCCUCCGCUCAGCACAACAGGAUCUCAGCCAGCAGGUACUCGUGCAUGAAUCGAUCCAGCGAGAACUCAACAACCCAGACAUUUCGGAACAAGGGAUGCAGAAAAUCCGCGAACUGAUCCGUUCGAUGGACGAUGAGCACACUGACGAUGAGCACGCCGAAAUCGAUGAUACGGACCUACCCACUCUGGUGAUGGAACGUGGUAAAGCCCUUGAGGCAGUGCGACAGCGAUUUGACCGAUGGCAGUUUUAUUUCAGCUUUAUGGAGCAAACCAUUCACGAUCAAUACCUUACACGAAGACGCGCCAACCAGAUUUGCAACGAAUUUCGACGGAUGAACUAGAACUACGUCCCUAUCGCUGACAUCCCGCUCCAUGACGCCGCACU